AUGGCCAAGUUGAAUUUUGAUUCCUACAGAUUUUCGAUCUCAUGGUCAAGAAUCUUCCCAAAUGGAACUGGGAAGGUGAAUGAGAAAGGAGUUGCUUACUACAACAGAUUGAUAGACUACUUGCUUGAAAAAGGUAUCACUCCUUUGGUAAACGUAUAUCACAAUGAUUAUCCCCUAGCACUCGAUAAAAGAUACAAGGGUCCCUUGGGCCGGCAAUUUGUGAAGGAUUACAGCGAAUAUGCAGAUUUUUGUUUCGCGACAUUCGGAGACAGAGUGAAGAACUGGACGACGAUCAACGAGCCUAGACCCAUCGCCUCCCUAGGGUACGACGUCGGUUCGUUCGCUCCGGGGAGGUGCUCGAAGGCCAUCUUCAACUGCUCCGCCGGAGAUUCUGCAACCGAACCUUACAUUGUUUCACACAACUUGCUCUUGGCUCAUGCUGCGGCUGUCCAUAUCUACCGCACCAAGUAUCAAGAGAAACAGAAGGGAAGGAUAGGAAUUCUCCUCGAUUUCCUUUGGUAUGAACCACUCACCAGAGGGAAAGCUGACAACUACGCUGCUCAAAGGGCACGAGACUUCCAUAUUGGAUGGUUUCUUCACCCCUUGGUCUAUGGGGAGUAUCCGAGAACGAUGCGAGAAAUCGCCGGCGAGAGGCUGCCCAAGUUCACGGCAGAAGAGGCGACGACGGUGAAGGGCUCGUUCGAUUUCGUCGGCAUCAACCAGUACACAGCUUACUAUGUAUCGAAUGAAACUAAGGAGACGCCCAAGGAAAUGACUAGCUACCAGGCCGACUGGAAAGCUAAAUUUUCAUUUGCAAAGAAUGGAGUCCCAAUUGGUCAAACGAUCCCAUCGUCCGUUUGGAUCAUUGACGUGCCAUGGGGAUUGUACAAAUGUUUGAUGUACGUGAAAGAGAAGUACGGCAACCCCACCGUCAUCUUAUCCGAAAACGGUAUGGAGGAGCCUGCGAACGUGACGCUUCCGAAGGCACUGCACGACACGACAAGGAUAAGGUACUACAAAGGUUACCUGAGGCAGCUGAAGAAGGCCGUCGACGACGGAGCCAACGUGGUCGGAUACUACAUUUGGUCGCUGCUCGACAACUUCGAAUGGGCGACGGGUUACGACUCGAGGUUCGGGAUCGUCUUCGUCGAUCGGAGGGAUAGUCGGCUCAAGCGGUACCUGAAGAUGUCGGCGUAUUGGUUCAAGAAACUACUCCAGCGCUAGAUAUAUAGCUAGCUAGGCUCUGUAUGUAUAUCAGCAGACAAAAGAGAAAGC